GCAGGGCUUUGCCAUCUGACAGACUCUAGGUCAAAUCUCAGCUGGCAUGAUUAUUCUCAGGAGGCCUGGAGCAAAUCUCUCUGAGCUGAAAUGUCCUCCCCAUCAAACUGGGGUAUUAAUCCUUAUCUUCAAGGGGUGAGGAUCAAGCGAUAGAACACGCAGAGCUACUGCUCAGGAAGGGUAGCUAAUAGGACUCUCCAGUUCUGUGAUUGCUUGAUGGAGACCCACGGAGAGUCUGAAACAGCAGCAGACAUGGAGCGUCAACCGGGAGAAGAGAACCCCACAGCUCUUCCUUCUCGGAGGCCCGCUGCCGGUUGAAUGUAACACGCCUGCCCACGGUUGCUGAAGGGCCAGGAGUCACCAUGACCGAGCGCUUUGACUGUCACCAUUGCGAAAAAUCCCUCUUUGGCAAGAAGUACAUCCUGAGGGAGGAGAGCCCCUACUGCGUGGCAUGCUUUGAGGCCCUCUAUGCCAGCACUUGCGAGGAGUGUGGGAAGCCCAUCGGCUGUGACUGCAAGGACUUGUCCUACAAGGACCGACACUGGCAUGAGGCCUGUUUCCACUGCUCGCGGUGCAAGAGCUCCCUUGUGGACAAGCCCUUCGCUGCCAAGGAGGACCAGCUGCUCUGCACGGACUGCUACUCCCAUGAGUACUCCUCCAAGUGCCAGGAAUGCAAGAAGACCAUCAUGCCAGGUACCCGCAAGAUGGAGUACAAAGACAGCAGCUGGCACGAGACCUGCUUCACCUGCCACCGCUGCCAGCAGCCCAUCGGUACCAAGAGCUUCAUCCCUAAGGACAACCAGAACUUCUGUGUGCCCUGCUAUGAGAAACAGUACGCCUUGCAGUGUGUUCAGUGUAAAAAGCCCAUCACCACCGGGGGCGUCACGUACCGGGAGCAGCCCUGGCACCGGGAGUGCUUCGUGUGCACCGCCUGCAAGAAGCCGCUGUCGGGGCAGCGCUUCACGUCCCGGGAUGAGUUCGCCUACUGCCUGAGCUGCUUCUGCGACUUGUACGCCAAGAAGUGCGCCGGCUGCACCAACCCCAUCAGUGGACUUGGUGGCACAAAGUACAUCUCCUUUGAGGAACGGCAGUGGCAUAAUGAUUGUUUUAAUUGUAAGAAGUGCUCCCUCUCCCUGGUGGGGCGAGGCUUCCUCACAGAAAGAGAUGACAUCCUGUGCCCUGACUGUGGGAAAGACAUCUGAAGCCCACGCAGCUGCUUGCAACACACAUGGAUUUAUACACUCUCGUUGUCAACCAGGCAGUAUUGUGUCUGGUCUCCACCGACCACAUUGAGACUUUCUUCUUGUGCUUCUCAGUGAUACUCACAUUUGUUUAAACCCUUGAAUCCUUUGUACUAGUUCAAUCCCAGGGAAGGAGGAAACCCUUAUGUAAACCCUCAGUGGGAAGAUGGUUUUGAAUUUUUGUAAUCAAGCAAGGCAAAUCCAAGUGUAAAAAUCCCUUUUGAAUGACAUCUUUAUAAAUGUAUCUUUCUUUUGCUGCGUAUUUAAUUUUUAAGUGCAAUUAACAUGUCGCGAACUCGAGUUUUUUAAACUACAUGAGAUAAUGAAGAAUGGGCAUUUACAACUAUGUAACUUCCUGUCAUGUAAGACCUGGAGCAAGAUUAUAUAGCUUGCAAUAAAGUUAUCCAGAACAAAAUCCUUGGCCACA